AUGGCGCCCCGCAAGACCGCCGUCGGCGACAAAGCCCCGAAGGCACCUGCCACCAAGAAGAGCGCAGACAAGGUUGUCAAGCGACCGGCGCGCGGAUACCACAAGUUUCGAAACGGCCUCCUCAACGUCACACCCAAAGGUGGUGAAAAGGAGCUCGUCAAACGAAAUGAGAAAUCCCCGUUGCUUCGAAUGCCUGCCGAGAUUCGCAACAAAAUCUGGAAGCUUGUGCUGGGCGGAAAACUAUAUGAAUCAGAUUGGACAUUGGGAUUCUGCUCUCCACCGACAGAGCCAGAAGACGCCACAGCUCUUUUGAGGACCUGUCGUCAGAUAUACUCAGAAACCGCAAUCAUGCCACUAGCUCUCACGACAUUCUCCGCCGAGACUGUUCGGGAAGCAGCGAGAUCGCUUAAGAAAUUGAAGCCAAGCCAGCGCAAACAAAUCACGACCCUACAGCUCACAGUCUACUGGCACAGCAUGCCUACAGAACUCGAGUUGUUCUGCCUUGGAAUCCGCCAUUCUAAGCAUUUUCGCUCGCUCCUCGCGUUGCGAGAGGUACGGAUUAUGGUAUACUCGGUCCCAGAUCUGGAUGGGACUCGCGAGAAAGUCGAGGCCAUGUACGAACAUCUCAAACCAAGCAUCCAAGAUAUGCCGUUCGCAGUGAAGGUAGACUACACCCAUCAGCGAUGGAGGGAUUAUCUGAACUCGUAA